GAAACUAGCAAAUAGUUGUAAUUUUGGGUCGUUCUUGGAUCAGGCAUUACGAGAUAAAUUGGUCUGUGGGAUAAGCAGUGAACAAACGCAGCGGCGGUUGUUAUGUGAAAAGGAUCUUACGUUUUCAAAGGCGUGUCAGAUGGCGAUUGCAAUAGAGUCGGCAGAGAACCAGGCAAAAGCGCUAAAAGGUGGUUUGGUAGAGAAAGUUACGGAUCAUGUGUCGGAGUCCAGUCGUAGAAGUGUGUCAAGUCAGUGGCGUCCCAAAGGUCGUGGUCAGCCCAGUAUGUCAAGCACAAGUCAGCCCCGGCAGUCCGGUCGAGGGAAGUGUCGUCAUUGUGGAAGGUUCCAUGAUGAAUCCAGAUGUCGUGCGAGGGAUUGGAAAUGUUUCACAUGCAAUAGGCAAGGUCAUACGUCAGUCGUCUGUUGGAAAAAAAAUGGUGUCAAGUGCGUCAACGAAGAGGAGCAAGAGACGUCUACAGAAGAAGAUGAAAUAAAUAAGAUAAGUACACUUGUAUGCAAUAAUGUAAAGUCAGUCAACAGUUCUGUUUUGUUAAAAGAAAUGUUAGUUAAUGAUAAGCCAGUAUUAAUGGAAGUUGAUACCGGAGCGUCAGUUACAGUCAUGUCAAGUGAAAAAUUUAAUAAACUUUUCCCUUUGUUAACUUUAGCUUAGCAUAAGGCGAAGCUUAGGGGUGUAUCAGGACAAGAAUUGAAUGUAUUAGGUCAAGUAAUUGUGGAUGUAAAAUUAAGCAGUCAAGAUAAAAAUGUAUUUAGAUUACCGUUAAUCAUCAUUGAUAAUGAAUGUAGGUAUACACUGUUAGGAAGAUCCUGGUUGGAUAUUUUGUAUCCUGAUUGGAAAAAUUGUAUUGCUAAUAUUAACCCUAAUGUGUCAGAAUUGUAUGUCGAGAGAUUUAAGAAAGAUUUUAAUACUGUGUUUGAUGUUGACAGGUUAUCCUUCAUAAAGGAUGUACGAGUAAAGCUAGUGCUAAAGGAGAACGCAGUUCCCAUUUUCCAUGCCCCUUACCGAAUUCCCUACUCAAUUAAGGAAGCUGUGGAGAUGGAAUUGAAGGAGAUGUUGGAAUCUGGAGUUUUGGAGAAAACCAAGUAUUCUGAAUGGGCGAGUCCAAUUGUGGUAGUCCCGAGGAAAUCGAGUAAGAAAAUAAGAAUUUGUGUCGACUUUAAAGUAACCUUAAAUCCUAAUUUAAAAACGGAGCAUUAUCCUUUACCAUUAUGUGAGGAUAUUUUUAAUACAGUAUCCAAAGGCAAAUACUUUACUACAUUAGAUUUGUCGAAUGCAUACCUGCAGCUGCAAGUCAGUCCGGAAAGUAGAGAAUUGCUUACUAUAAAUACCCAUUUGGGUUUAUUUCGAUUUACCAGAUUACCGUUUGGAAUUACGUCUGCACCAGCUAUUUUUCAGUCAGUAAUGGACAAUAUUUUAAAAGAUAUUCCAUCAUGCGCGUGCUACAUUGAUGAUAUCAUCAUAUCGGGUCAAACAAUUGAUGAAUGCAGGGACAAUGUCAGGAAAGUACUUGAAAAAUUGCAGUUACAUAAUGUCAAGGUUAAUUUGAGUAAAUGUCAUUUCUUUCAAGAAAGCAUUGAGUGUCUUGGUCAUGUAAUCGAUGGAAACGGUAUACGUCCGAUGAAGGCAAAAAUUGAUGAAAUUUGUUCGAAAAAACCACCUACGGAUUUAACUCAACUGAAAUCAUUUCUUGGAUUACUCAAUUAUUAUAAUAAAUUUUUACCUAUGGCCUCAAGCGAACUAAAAUUAUUGUAUGACUUAGAAAGGAAAAAUAUUCCCUUUGUUUGGACUAACGAACACCAACGAGUGUUUGAAAAAUGUAAAAAUAUGAUUGUAAAUAGUAACUUUUUAGUGCAUUAUGAUGUCAAGAAACCCAUAGUAAUUGCAGUGGAUGCUUCACAGUAUGGAGUAGGAGCUGUAAUGUCUCACCUAAGUGAUGGCGUCGAGCAUCCAAUAAUGUUUGCAUCUAGUACCUUAAGUAAUAGCGAGAAAAAUUAUGCACAAAUCCAAAAAGAAGCCUUGGCGAUAAUGUUUGCUGUUAGGAAAUUCCAUAAGUAUAUUUAUGGACGGAAAUUCACGCUAAUUACCGAUCACCUACCACUAAGAACAAUAUUAAAUGUCAAGACGGGUAUUCCAACGUUGGCCGCGUCAAGAUUACAAAGAUGGGCGUUAGAAUUAUCCGCAUAUGACUACGAAAUCAAAUACAAAAAAGAAUAUACCAAAAAAGGAUGGCCAGAUAAAUUACCAGAUUUAGGAUUGAAGGAUUAUUUUUCAAAACGUCAUGAGUUAAAUAUUGAAAAUGAAUGUUUAUUAUGGGGAAAUCGUCUUGUUAUUCCAUUUGAUCUUCGAGAAAAGGUGUUGGAAAUACUUCAUAGCCAACAUAUAGGAAUUGCAAGGAUGAAAAUGCUUGCAAGAAGCGAAGUAUGGUGGCCUAGUAUGGACCUACAUAUUGAAGAACAUGUUAAACGAUGCGAAAUGUGUCAACUACAUCAAAACAAACCCAUUGAUGUACCGUACACACCGUGGUCGAAAACAUCUAAAUCCUGGAAGAGAUUACACAUUGACUUCUUACAAUUUAAGCAAUAUCAUUUCUUAAUUGUUGUGGAUAGUCAUAGUAAAUGGUUAGACAUCUAUUUAAUGAAACAUGGAACGGAUUCUUCAAAAACGAUUGAAAAAUUGCGUCAAAGUUUUUUGCAUUUUGGAAUUCCAGAAGAGAUUGUUUCAGAUAAUGGUCCUCCAUUUUCAGGAGAAGAAUACAAGAAAUUUUGUUCAUCCAAUGGAAUAAACUGUUUGCUAACUCCACCACUACAUGCGUGUUCGAAUGGCUUAGCUGAAAAAAAUGUGCAAACAGUCAAACAAGCGUUACGGAAGUCCUUAUUAAACCCGAACAACAGUACGAAAUCAAUUCAAUUAAUUUUGGACAACUUCAUAUUUAAGCAUAGGAAUACACCAUCAGUAUCAACCGGAAUUAGCCCAGCAUCCAUUAUGUUAAAGCAACAGCCGAGAACAAAAUUGACAAUGUUAAAAACAAAAUUAUCAAGUACACUGAAAGAGAGGGAAGAGAAAGUAAAGAUUUAUGAAGAUAGGAGAAGAACUAAGUUGCGAGAAUUUGUUGAAAAUGAAAAAGUGUUAGCCUAUAUUAUUCAAGGGAGGAAGCCUGUGUGGAUGGAAGGAGUAGUUAUGCAGCGAGUCAGUGCAGUUACAUAUCUAAUUAAAUUAAACGGGAAUAUAAGACUAAUGCACGCUGAUCAUUUGAAGAAAUCGUACAUAUCAGAAAACAUUACGUUGCCUUAUGAAGACUUACCAGACAUCCUAAUACCUACCGCACAAGAGAAGCCAUCAAAACCAUUGAUCGCACAACCAUCUACGUCUGUACAUAAACCCACUGUACAACCUUCGCUACCCUUAUCAGAUCCUGUCCCACUGCGUAGAUCAGCUCGAGAAAUAAAAGCUCCCUCAAAGUUAAAUUUGUAAUGUAGAUGUUUUGUCUUAUUUUUAGAAGGGAGAAAUGCUGUAUAGUAGCGACACCCGGCAACGCCGCAAAGUGAGUGACAACCUCGACAGAGCGGGAAAAUGUAAGGUCGUCGGCCGAUGCAAUAUGACAUGUGUACUUGUAAAUGUUAAUUGUACAUGUAAUGUGUGAUGUAGUUAAUAAAUGGAAUGUUAUAUCGCGA